AUGGCAUCAACAGGACGACGGCCACAACAACAGGCGCAUUAUCCGACUCCGGGGGUGCCGCUGAUCCCAGAGAGUUUCGCUCCGCCCUCUCAGACUACGGCUACACAAGGCUAUGUCUUGAAUCAUACGGCGCUGCAAGUAUCGUCGGCUUCGGCGUCGCUUGACUUCUAUGUUGGCUUCCUUGGCAUGAGCCUCAUGUUCGCAACCAACACCGGGCUCUUCUCUGCCUACUACCUAGGCUACCCGCAAGAAACCGAUACAUGCCCCUCUGAUAUGACUCGCACAUCGGGCUUGCGGUCGGGGUUACUGGAACUCAUUGUCGCCCACGAGCAAGAUACCAGACAACCACAGCACCAGGGUGCCACUGUAGAUAUCGCCAAUGUUGCAGAUCCAGAGACGUAUGGUGGACAGGCCAUCGAGAAGAAGUGCAGGACAACGCCCAGAGCGCUGCAUCCUCGACUUGGCUUCGCACAUAUCGGGAUCCGCGUUCCUGAUGUACAAGCAACUUUGCAGCGGGCCGAGCAGCACGGCUGGCAGGUGCGAAAACGUCUUCACGACAUAGAGCCAAGAUAUAUGCCGCUCCCCAGCUGGCCCAGCCGGGAUGAAACCAACAGUGAGGUGCGUGAUCAGAUACUGAAAGAGUCGUGGCAAGGAGGGUUUGAGUACAUGUUUGCCCAAAUUGGCUUCAUCGAGGAUCCUGAUGGGUAA